AUGGCAGAACGUGGAAGACGUGCUCAUCGACAAGAUCGUAGAAACGCCGACCGAGGCAACGAAGACUAUCGACGCGAUCCACGUGACAUCGAAGAGAUUGUUCGACUGCAGCAACGGAUCCGGGAUCUGGAAUUGCAGCAGGAGCCGCGUUUCGGUGAAGAUACGGACACGGACCGGGACAUCUGGGAUGACGGGACCGGGUACCAAGACUACAACCCUUUUGCUCGACAAGGACUGGGGAACCCCUUCGAUCAGCGGGAACCACAGCCCGACCCUCUGCGAAGCUUAGGGAUCAAGAUUGAAAUCCCUGAGUUUGAUGGCAAGAUGCAACCGGAUGAAUUCCUUGACUGGCUCCAUACGGUCGAGCGGAUUUUUGACCUUCGCGACAUCCCCGACAGGUUCAAGGUAAAACUAGUAGCUAUAAAACUUCGCAAGUAUGCGUCAUUAUGGUGGGAACAUGUCAAGAAAAAGAGGUCUCAAGAGGGGCGAUCUCGGGUUACAACUUGGGAGAAGAUGAGGAAGUUGUUACGUGAGAAAUUUUUGCCACCCAACUAUCGCCAAGAGGCUUUCUUGGAUUAUCAUAACCAUUCCCAACAGUCAACAACUGUUGAGGAAUUAAUUGCUGAUUUUGACAGGUUAAGAAUGCGAUGCGGUGCGGAGGAAGAAGAAGAACAGGUCAUCGCCCGGUUCUUCAGAGCCUUGCGACCAGAGAUAGCUGAUAUUGUCCAAUUACAACCUUACUGGACCUUUGCUGAUGUUUGUCAAUUGGCUUUAAAGGUAGAAAAACAACUCAGAUCCAAAGGGAAGAUACCUGUGAAGACCAGCCCAUUCAAACCCGAGGUGUCGCACGGCCCAAUCAAAGCCGAGGCGCCCCGGCCUGCUACCAACACCCCCACAGGCAGCCGGUCUGGUCCUGCCAAAUCUGAAACAACAGCUAACAAUCCCACAGGACCCUCUCGAGCACCGCGAUGUUUUAAAUGUGGAGGGUUAGGACAUUUUGCGCGUGAAUGCGCCAACACCCAGUUAGUCACCCUCACAGAAGACUCACCACCGGUAUAUGAUACCGAGGAAGAUCAAGCCGGGAAUGAACCAGAAAUUAUAUAUCCUGAUAGGGGCGAGGUCUUGAUUGCUCAGCGGAUACUCAGCGUCACACCCGACAAGACCGUUAAUGACACACUCUGGCUCCGUAAUAACAUCUUUAGAACUCGUUGCACCGCCAAGGGUAAAGUAUGUACGGUUAUUAUUGAUGGGGGGAGUUGUGAGAACAUGGUAGCGACGACAAUGGUGGAAAAAUUAGGUCUACAAACCGAGCCUCACCCCGAUCCGUAUCAGUUAACUUGGUUAAAAAAAGGCAAUGUUGUGAAGGUGACUCAGCGAUGCUUAGUUCAGUUUAGCAUUGGCUCUAAAUAUUCCGAUGAGACUGCCAAGCCACCUUUCAUGCUCGCCCUAGUAAUAGCCGAAUCUAAUCCAGCAGCCUCCAAACCUCCAGCGGAACUACAACCUCUUUUAACCGAAUUUGGAGAUGUGUUUCCAGGAGAGAUACCGGCGGGUCUACCAUUAGUUCGGGAAAUUCAGCACUGUAUUGACCUCAUACCUGGUUCGGUUAUUCCUAAUAAACCCGCGCACCGCAUGAACCCGAAAGAGUACGAGGAACUUCACCGCCAAGUUAGUGAAUUACUUGAAAAGGGGCUGAUUCGUGAAACAACACCUGCUUCAUCUCAGGCAGGCAACGGAAUUCGCAUGGACGAAUCGAAGAUUGAGGCAAUCCUUACAUGGCCCACUCCGACUACUUUAUUUGAAGUCCGGAGUUUUCACGGGUUAGCAUCGUUCUAUCGGCGUUUUAUUCGUAACUUUAGCGCGAUCGUCGCUCCCAUCACUGAUUUCUUGAAAGGAAAGACAUUUCAAUGGACGCCCGCCGCUGCCAAAGCAUUCGACUGCCUAAAAAAAUGUGUGACGCAAGCUCCUGUUCUCGCAUUACCUAAUUUCCAAAAAGCGUUCCAGGUUGAGUGUGAUGCGUCAGGUUUCAGGGUUGGAGGUGUCCUGAGUCAAGACGGUCGACCCAUCGCUUUCUUUAGUGAGAAGCUUAGUGAGGCCAAGCAAAAGUUUAGUACUUAUGACAAAGAAUGUUACGCCAUCGUUCGAAGUUUGGAAUAUUGGCGCCACUAUCUCAUCCAUGCGGAAUUCAUUCUUUUUUCAGACCAUCAGGCGCUUCGAUACAUUCAAGAAUUUUCUUUUGUGAUCCGCCAUAAAUCGGGGGCUACUAAUACCGUUGCGGAUGCUUUAAGUAGGAGGCGCGCCCUUCUUACUUCACUCCAAGUUCGGGUGGAAUGGUUCGAUAAUUUUUGUGCAUUAUACCCGGAUGACCCAGAUUUUGCGGAGCUGUGGAAUACGUGUCGUGUCGCUCCAACAUUGGGACACUCUCUUCAAGAUGGGUUUUUGUUUAAUGGGACACGGUUGUGCGUGCCUAAGUGUUCGUUACGGGAUUCGAUUAUUCUUGAGGGACAUCAGGGGGCUUUGGCCGGUCACUUUGGUCGGGAUAAAACACUCAAGUUGAUUAAGGAGCGGUUUUUUUGGCCAAAGAUGGGGGCAGAUGUGAACAGAAUAGUUGAUCGGUGCCAUACUUGCCAUAUUGCAAAAACUCAUAAGUCAAAUGCUGGUUUAUACACGCCGUUACCAGUACCCGAGGGACCAUGGGAGGAUGUCAGCCUUGAUUUCGUUGUUGGUCUGCCCCGGACACAGCGACAGAAAGAUUCCAUAAUGGUGGUAGUCGAUCGUUUUUCCAAGAUGGCUCAUUUUAUACCUUGUGCUAAAACUUAUGAUGCGAGCCAAAUAGCACGGUUGUAUUUUGAGGAGGUUGUCCGUUUGCAUGGUAUUCCCAGGUCCUUGACUUCUGAUCGGGAUGUUAAAUUUGUGGGUCAUUUCUGGAGAACGUUAUGGAAGAAGUUGGGAUCCAGUCUUAAUUUUAGCAGCGCGCACCAUCCACAGAGUGACGGACAAACAGAAGUAACAAACAGGAGUCUGGGAAAUUUAUUACGAAGUUUGGUGGGGUCUAAUCCAAAACAGUGGGAUCUCGUGUUGGCUCAGGCGGAGUUUGCAUACAAUAGGUCCUCUCAUCGGUCUACGGGCAUGAGUCCGUUUUUAGUUGUGUACUGCCGGAAUCCAUUUACGCCAUUAGAUUUAGCUCCGUCUCCAACUGUUGAACAUUAUAGUGUUGAGGGCGACGAGCGAGCCAACCAAAUUAAAUCUAUUCAUGAGCAGGUUCGGAACGCGAUUGUCAAUCAUAACCUUGUGUAUCAAAGGAGAGCUAAUGAGAAGAGGAAGCAGGUGGUUUUUCAAGCGGGAGACUUAGUGUGGGUGCAUCUUAGCAAGGAGCGAUUUCCGGGAGGGAAGGCAAGUAAGUUAAAUCCGCGGGCUGAUGGGCCUUUUCGCGUGCUGGAACGUAUCAACGAUAAUGCUUACAAGAUUGAGUUGCCUGGUCAUUAUAACGUUUCCGCCACAUUUAAUGUCGCUGACCUUUCUCCUUUUGUUGCUGAGCUGGAUGAUCCCUUUGACUCGAGGACGAGUCCUUCUGAAGAGGGGGGAAUGAUGCAAUUAGGACCGGUUCGGGCUCUGGGCCAGUUAAUUAUGGAGUGUGGCCUGUUCGUGAUGCAGGAAGCAGUAGCGGCCCAAUUGAAGGCCCGGGUUGAGGCUGAACAGGGUGACUUGGGGUGCAAGCUGGAAUCGUUGGUUUAUCUUUUAUUUAGUUGGUUUAUCUUUUGUUUCUCCAUGUUUAUCUGGUUUUGA